AAAAGCAAAAGGCGAAUUGCUCAUUGAACAAGACGAGCUCGUGGCGUGCGUUUCGCAGGGAGCGGCGAAAUUAAACCCAAAUCAUAUCGAAAAUAUCGAGAGUGAAACGAGAAGCGCCGUGAACAAUUAUCACUUGAAGAAAUUACAGUGCAAUCAAUCGUACUUUGUACCUUAUUUUUUUUUUUUUUUUUUUUUCUAUUAUUAUUACUGUUGCAUUUUCUGUUGCUGCUUUGAGAUGAAAGAUGGCAGCAGCAGUCAUGGUAAUCGUGAGUGAGACAAAGGAAAGUGGCAGGCAGUCGCGUUCAGUUUAAAGCCGCCACACCAUAAGAAAAAUAUAAAUAAAUAAUCUGCUACAGCAGCGGCAGCAACAACAACUUUAUAACAGCAGCACUGGAAGCAGAGCAGCGGCCACAAAAAUAAAACAAAAACCGAGAGUUCUGUUCAUAUUUCUGUCAAAAUAUGGGCCAAGAGAUAUCGCAGCAGCAAAAUCAGCCACACCAACAACAACACCAGCAGCACCAACAACAAUCGCCCCACCACAAACGACAGCCGCAGCGAAAGAGCUUCAGCGGCAUUAACAACAUCAACAACACAAGCAACAACAACAACCAACCGAUCUAUACACCCGCUAGCCACCUCUCCAGCAGCUCCUCCUCCACCACCACCAACGAAUAUAAUCCGAGUAAUCCGAACAGUAACAACAAUCAGAACUAUCGACUGCGACACAAGUACAAUUUGAGCAAGCAGACCUACGAGAGGAGUAAAGUUCCGGUGAGUGGAGCGAGUACAAGUCAAUCGGAUACGGAUUCGCACUACGCCAAGCUAAAUCUGCAAAGGAGCAGUUCGCAGAGUUCGGAUAGCGGGAUAUAUAACUCGUCGUGCCACUGCAGUUCCAUAUCCUCGAUAUCGGCGGUCAGCAGCAGUGCCAGCAGCAGUCGCAGUAGCAGCAGCUCAAGUCGCGGCUGUCCGAGUUCUUUGGUCUCGAGCAAAUCGAAUCGAUCGCUGGACAAGCAGAAGCACUACUUGAGCCACCACCUGUACAUCAAGUCGUAUCUGGACAUCUUGGAGGAGGACGAGCGGGCACGGGCGCACUUCAAAUCCGCUCGUCCCGGCGGCAUUCGCAACUACACUCCAAAGAUCUUGGCCAGCGGCGGGGAAUCGAUUGCCUCCGGGAACUCUAAUACGAACACAGCCUCAUCGGCUGCCCUUUCAUCGAGUGCUCCGGCUCAUUGUUACCGGGAAAGUGCCGGAAAGCAAAGGAAUUCGGUGGGCAACGCUGCUGGUUCGGGAUCGGGAAAACACUGCCAGGAGGAUCCCGUCGAUCCCGAGAACAAGGUUCAGGAGCCAACCGUCAUACGUCGUCAGUAUGAUUUCGUGGUGAUCGGCGGCGGAUCCGCUGGCGCUGUGGUGGCCAAUCGCCUGAGCGAAGUGCGCAAUUGGACAGUUCUCCUCUUGGAAGCCGGUGGCGAUGAAACUGAGAUCUCGGAUGUUCCUGCUCUGGCGGGAUACCUUCAGCUGACCGAAUUGGACUGGAAGUACCAAACCACACCCUCGUCCACUCGCCAAUAUUGUCAGGCGAUGAAGGGCGAUCGCUGCUUUUGGCCAAGGGGAAAAGUUCUCGGCGGCAGUUCGGUUCUCAAUGCGAUGGUCUAUGUUCGCGGCUCCAAGAACGACUACAACCACUGGGCCUCGCUGGGCAAUCCUGGCUGGGAUUACGACAGCAUGCUGAAGUACUUCCUCAAAUCGGAGGAUGUGCGAAAUCCCUACUUGGCCAAAACGCCUUACCAUGAAACUGGUGGCUAUCUCACCGUUCAGGAGGCUCCCUGGCGAACUCCCCUCUCAAUUGCCUUCCUGCAGGCUGGAAUGGAAAUGGGUUACGAGAAUCGGGACAUAAAUGGCGCCCAGCAAACGGGAUUCAUGCUCACACAAAGCACAAUUCGUCGUGGAGCGAGAUGUUCCACUGGGAAAGCAUUCAUACGCCCCGUUCGCCAGCGUCAAAACUUAGAUGUUCUCCUUCAUGCCGAAGCCACCAGGAUUAUAUUCGACAAGCAAAAGAGGGCCAUCGGAGUGGAGUACAUGAGAGGUGGUCGCAAGAACCUGGUUUUUGUGAGGAGAGAAGUUAUCGCAAGUGCUGGAGCUCUGAAUACCCCGAAGUUACUAAUGCUUUCUGGAGUUGGACCAGCGGAACAUCUGCAGGAGCACAAUAUCCCGGUGAUAUCCGAUCUGCCCGUCGGGAAUAACAUGCAGGAUCACGUGGGUCUCGGUGGUUUAACCUUCGUGGUGGAUGCUCCACUUACCGUCACCCGGAAUCGCUUUCAAACUAUCCCAGUUUCCAUGGAGUACAUUUUAAGAGAACGUGGUCCCAUGACAUUUUCUGGAGUAGAAGGCGUGGCCUUCUUGAACACCAAGUAUCAGGAUCCAUCGGUCGAUUGGCCAGAUGUCCAGUUCCACUUCUGUCCCAGUUCCAUAAACUCAGAUGGCGGCGAGCAGAUUCGCAAGAUAUUGAAUCUGCGAGAUGGUUUCUACAACACGGUUUACAAGCCGCUGCAGCACAGUGAAACCUGGUCGAUACUGCCUUUGCUUCUGCGCCCCAAAAGCACUGGAUGGGUGCGCUUGAACUCGCGGAAUCCACAGCAGCAGCCGAAGAUCAUACCGAACUACUUUGCCCACCAGGAGGACAUCGAUGUGCUGGUCGAGGGCAUUAAGUUGGCUAUAAACGUAUCCAAUACGCAGGCCUUCCAGCGUUUUGGCUCCCGAUUGCACAAUAUUCCGCUGCCGGGUUGCAGGCAUCUGCCUUUCCAAUCGGAUGAAUACUGGGCGUGCUGCAUUAAGGAGUUCACUUUUACGAUUUAUCAUCCGGCGGGAACUUGUCGAAUGGGUCCAAGCUGGGAUGUCACAGCGGUUGUGGAUCCCAGACUCCGAGUUUAUGGCGUAUCCGGUGUUCGGGUUGUGGAUGCCAGCAUUAUGCCAACGAUCGUUAAUGGGAAUCCCAAUGCCCCGGUCAUCGCCAUUGGGGAAAAGGCCUCCGAUUUGAUUAAAGAGGACUGGGGCGCCAGGAGGGCGAGCAAUUCGGCAUCUUAGCUUCAAAUGUUUAUCGCUAAUUUAUGUUUCUACUAGUCAAAUGUGGAUUAACUGAUGUAAUAUUAUCGCUAUAUAUUUUCGUUUUAUCGACUUCCUCGUUUCGCCUUCGCCGCUUAAUUUAUGCUUAGUUAUUCGGUUAAGUUGAGUUUAAGAGUUCCCACAUACAUUUUUUUUAAUAUUUUAUCAAGCAUUUUAAUAAAUAUUU